AUGCUGCUUGCCCCUGAGGGAGACCCGGAUGCACCAGACAUCCCGACCCCGCGCUCUUACGCAGAGGCGAUAGAGGGUCCCUACUCCUCUCAGUGGCAGACAGCCAUGGACGCAGAGAUGGCUUCCUGGAAGUCCACAGGCACCUACGUCGACGAGGUUCCCCCACCUGGGGCGAACAUUGUCAGUGGCAUGUGGAUUUUCAGGGUGAAGCGGCCGCCGGGUUCUCCGCCUGUCUUCAAGGCGCGUUACGUUGCUCGAGGCUUCAGUCAGCGACAGGGAGUUGACUUCUUCCAAACCUUCUCCCCUAACCCGAAGAUGACCACUCUUCGGAUGCUGCUGCACGUCGCCGCUCAGCGUGACUACGAGCUUCACUCUCUUGACUUCAGCACUGCUUUCCUACAGGGCAGCCUGCACGAGGAGAUCUGGCUGCGCCGCUCACCUGGCUUCACUGGGUCGUUUCCUGCUGGUACCCAGUGGAGCCUCCGGCAGCCAGUCUACGGUCUCCGCCAGGCACCCCGUGAGUGGCACGACACACUGAGGACGACUCUUGCUGCUCUUGGGUUUGCUCCUUCUACUGCUGACCCGUCACUGUUUCUACGCACCGACACCACUCUGCCGCCGUUCUACGUUCUCGUGUACGUAGACGACUUGGUCUUUGCUACUGCUGACACUGAGGCACUCGCCCACGUGAAGUCGGAGCUGCAGAAGAGACACACGUGCACAGACCUGUGUGAGCUGACAAGCUAUCUUGGCUUGCGGAUCACCCGGGACAGAGCACAGCACACCAUUACCUUGACUCAGUCACACAUGGUGCAGCAGGACCUUCAGCGCUUCGGCUUCACGCUGUAG